AUGUCGAGAAUAAUUAACACAUUUACCGGAAAGAGAUACGCAGUCUCACAUAUCUCCUACUACCUCGGUAACAAUGCCUCCACCCAUUCAGGCAGAGUGCAAAAUCGUCAGCUCGAGGUUGAGCGCAAAUUUUUAGUCACACCAGCUGCUAUUGUCUACCUACGCUCAAACGGCGGAGGUUCAGGAUUCAAGAGGUAUGAGAGCCUCGGAAAACAGACCACCCACGACACCUACUACGAUCGAAACAACGUACUCUUCUCCAAAGGAGUUUAUAUUCGUCGACGGAAUGGACAUUGGGAGGCGAAGAUCCGGUCUGGUGGCGAUUUCAUCAAUUCAGCUUUCACGGAGAUCGACGGCAAGAAUCCAGUAAAGGAGGUUGUCGAACAGAACUUGCCUGUCACUGCAGACGGACGUGGCAUCGAAGAAAUUUUAAAUCCUUGCGCCGAAUUUGUCACGGAACGAGAGUCCUGGAUGAUCGAUGGCAGUUUCAAGGUCGACGUCGACACAACAGACUUUGGAAAUACUGUUGGAGAGGUGGAAUUGACAAGAACCCUCCGAUAUGCCGAUGGCGAAGAAGGGGAGACAAACAUAAGGGAAAAGAUGGACCAAGAGAUCAGGGCCUUUAUGCAAUCUUGCCCACAAGCAUUCCCGGCUGGACGCCCGCUUGGAAAAUUGAGUGCCUACUUCAACCAGGCCCAAAAGUAA